GCGCUCCCGCCCGCGCGGGUCGGUUCCAGCCCCUUCCGUCGUCCCGGCCCCGCCGCUGUCCUCCGCCGGCCCGCGAGGGAGGACGAUGGGUCAGCGCGGAAAAAGUGAAUGAGGGCGGCGGUGGCGGCUGCGAGCGCCUGACUCGCGGGGCCCGAGCGCCGCCCGCGCCCCCCGCCCGCUGGCUCCAUGGACGCGCCGCGCGCCUCGGCGGCCAAGCCCCCGACCGGGAGGAAGAUGAAGGCUCGUGCUCCCCCCCCUCCCGGGAGGCCCACCACCCCCAACGUGCACAGAGGACAGAGACCUCCCCGCGAUGCGUCCCCCAGCCCCCCGCAGAACCUGCUCAGCAGGAAGGAGACGCUGGACGGCAGGGUGGUGGCCAUGACCGUGGUGCUGCCUAGCGGGCUGGAGAAGACGAGUGUGGUCAACGGGAGCCACGCGAUGAUGGACCUACUGGUUGAACUUUGCCUUCAGAAUCACCUGAAUCCGUCCAACCAUGCCUUGGAGAUCUGGUCUUCAGAAACUCAACAGCCUUUGAAUUUUAAGCCAAAUACUUUGGUUGGGACCCUGAAUGCGCAUACCGUAUUUCUGAAAGAAAAAGUUCCUGAAGCGAAGGUUAAGGCUGGCCCCGCUAAGGUGCCUGAGAAGACGGUGCGCCUGGUGGUGAACUACCUGCGCACGCAGAAGGCGGUGGUGCGCGUGAGCCCCGAGGUGCCCCUGCACAGCGUCCUCCCCGUCAUCUGCGCCAAGUGCGACGUCAGCCCGGAGCACGUGGUGCUCCUCAGGGACAACGUGGCCGGCGAGGAGCUGGAGCUCUCCAAGUCCCUGAACGAGCUGGGGAUAAAGGAGCUCUACGCCUGGGACAACAAGAGAGAAACCUUUAGAAAAUCAUCACUUGGCUACGGUGAGACAGAUAAAGAGAAGAAGAAAAUUCUGGGAUUUUUCAAAGUUAAUAAAAGAAGCGAUAGUAAGGCAGAGCAACUCAGGCAGCCGGGGGCGGAGAGCGAUGAGGAUGCCUCCAAGUCCACACUGGGAAGGGGCUCGAACGGCUGCUUGACGACCCCGAACUCCCCGUCCGUGAAUCCCCGUUCCACUACACUGGGUCCAUCGCUCUCCCUUGGCAGCAUCUCAGGGGUGUCGGUCAAGUCAGACCUGAAGAAGCGCCGAGCGCCUCCCCCUCCGUCCCUGCCCCGCGCGGGACCACCCGUGCAAGACAAGACGUCGGAAAAGGUGUCUCUGGGGUCACAGAUGGACUUACAGAAGAAGAAGAGGCGUGCACCAGCUCCUCCUCCACCCCAGCCCCCGCCGUCCAGCCCGCUGGUGCCCCCCCGCACGGAGGACAGGGAGGAGGACAGGAAGGGCAGGACGGGUGUCGGACGGCAGGUGCCACAGAAGCCUCCCAGAGGCACUGCUCGGGGCCCCCCCCAGUUAGUGCUCCCCCCACCCCCGCCCUACCCUCCUCCUGACACAGACGUGGCAGAGCCUCUCGGCUUUCCUGGGGAAGGCGCUGUUUCCGAGGCCUCCGACCUGAGACCCACACUGAGCCUGCCCCUGGGGCCUGGCGGUCCCUGCAGUGUGGACGGGGUCCCGCCACUGCCGUCGGAGGCCGAGGAGACUGUGUCUGUGGGCAGCUGCUUUGCCUCAGAGGACACAACAGAGGACUCGGGAGUGAUGAGUUCCCCCUCGGACAUCGUGUCCCUGGAUUCCCAACAUGACAGCACGAAAUCCAAAGACAAGUGGGCCACAGACCAGGAAGACUGCAGCGACCAGGACCUGGCUGGGACCCCAGAACCGGGCCCCCAGAAGAGCCCCUCGUGGGAGAGGAGUGGCUCUGAGAACUGGCAUCCGAGAUUCUUUUCCCUUAUAGGUUAUUACAAAAUAUUGAGUAGAGUUCCCUGUACUAUACAAAAUGGAAAAGUUGCUCCAGCCUCACGUGAGGAUGAAGACCUAUUCAUGACUGGCCAGUUCCAGAAAACCCUUGCAGAACUGGACGAAGAGCUGGAAGAAAUCGAAGAAAGCUAUGAAACCGACUCGAGCUUCCUCACCAACUGCGUACACAGCAUGUCCGGUCGCUGCCCGCAAGGCACCGUCAUUCCCGACGGCGAUACCGAGGCAAUCCCGGUGACAUUCAUAGGGGAGGUUCUCGAUGAUCCCGUGGACUCGGGGGCAUUUUCCAACAGAAACAACAACGCUGGCUCUUUCGACGCUGGGAGCACAGCCAGCAAGAAGGCCCAGCUGCCGCCGUGCCAGGCCGAGCACAGCCAGCAGCACGGGCAGAGGAGGGCGGCGGGGCCUGGCUCACCCGCUCCUUCCCAGGACCCUGGGAGAGAAAUCAGAGUGGCCUCGACCAACACCUGGAAGGAUGUGACUCCCAGUAAAAUGGCGCCCAAGGCAACUUCUGCUUCAACGCUUCACACGCACGACCUGAACGCGAAGGAGGAAGGCAAGGCGCCCGGCUCUGCUCAUGGCGGGAGGACCCUGGGCACCAGGAGGGUGAGCACACAGCCAGGGAAGGAAAAGGAAGGAGAUGAUAAAAAUGACGUCUGGACCCCACCGCCGUGGUAUCAAGGCCAACACCCAGGGGGGAGCUACGGGCUUAAAUAUGGCCUCACAACGUAUAAAAUCGUCCCUCCAAAGUCAGAGAUGAAAUGUUACGACCGGGGAGCAUCCCUCUCCAUGGGUGCCAUCAAGAUCGACGAGCUAGGGAACCUGGUGAGUCCCCACACGAAUGCCGGCAGGACCAUGGUCCCGGCGUCGCCCACUCUGGAAGCAGAAGCCCCGCCCAUUGGAAAAGUCAAAGAAUUCUGGAGGACCAACUCUAUAGAAAAACACUCUGGCCGGCCCACAGAGGGGGCCAAGAGGACCUCUACCCCCACCACGCCCAUGAAUCCGCAACCUCAAGAAAGCAGACUCAGAGCAGAGCCCACUUCCCCAGACCCCAAAGCGACAUUGCCCCGGCCCCUGUCCCCCCACCCAGAAGAUGGGAGACCUCUGGAGGAGGGCAGAAGCUGGCCACUCCCAGCAGCUGCUUGUCCCCUGAAAGUGCCAGCAGCUAACACCGCAGAAGUCCCGUUUCUCAAACCUCAGAGAAGAACAUCCAGCCAGUACGUGGCCUCUGCCAUUGCCAAGCGGAUAGGGACCCCGAAAGUCCACACUGACGUGGGGAGGAAGCCUGAUAAUGCCCAGAAGACAUGUGAAGGCAGAGCGCCAGAGCCAACUGGACGACCUCCCAUGAUGAAGGAUGGUACCACCCCCAGCCUGUACCCAGAGACAGGCGUGCGUCACCAUGGGGACGAAUCGGCAGCAGGAGCCCAUCCCGGAGGGCAAAUCAGCAGCCCUUAUGGGAAGCUAUGUACUCAAGACGGUCCCACUGGCAUCCACAGAACUUCCCAUGGACCACUAAUCACAGCUGCCCAGAGGGGUCAGGCUUCUGUGGGACAGAGCUGUGGUCUCAGCGGAAAGCAAAGCCCAAGGAACCACAGGACCAGCUCGGCAUCUGAUCCCAAGUGCCAGCCGGCCGGCACGAGUCCCCCUCCCCCUCGCUCAGGAGGUGAUCAGACUCUAGGCAGUGCCCUGGUGAAUGGCUCCAGGUGGGUCUCCGUCCACACAGAGCCUCCUCACUCUCCGAGAGUGUCUGAUACAAGUAGCCACGCUGGACGGGAGCCCCCAGAAUGGGAGGAAAAGCCGGGUUUGUUAAGCACGGAUGUACCUGAAGCCGAUGGUACCCUGCCAGCCAGUAUCUUUGGGCCAAAGAAGAAAUUCAGACCUGUGGUCCAGAGGCCAGCCCCGAAAGACACAUCCCUGCACAGCGCCCUGAUGGAGGCCAUCCACUCGGCGGGAGGGAAGGACAGGCUUCGCAAGACUCCAGAACCCGGCUCAGAGGGAGGCCCGAAGAAGCCAUCCUACACAGAGGCAGACAGGGAGCGCUCAGCCCUGCUGGCAGCCAUCCGUGGGCACAGUGGCACCUGCAGCCUGAGGAGGGUGACGUCCUCCGCCUCUGAGGAGCUCCAGAGCCUCCGCGAUGCCGUGCUGUCUGCACAUGGGGCAGAACCCCCGGGGCUAGAAGACCUUGGGAUCCAGUCGGCACCCGCCCUGCCGUCGCCGCCGCCCCCGCCCCCUCCAGUCACCCAGGCUCCCACCGCAUCCCGGACGGCGUCCAGGUCCAGCUCGGGCCCCCUCAGCAACCCAGUGGACGCCAGGCAGGCCUUGAUGGACGCCAUCCGCUCAGGCACAGGGGCUGCGAAGUUGAGAAAGGUGCCCUUGCUCGUGUGAAUCAGCAACAAGAUGCGAUCGUGGCAGAAACCCCCCUGCAGGAUGCUCACCACUCACGAGCACCACCCGGCAAGGGACAUAGGGAUCUGGCGGCUUCCUGGUCUCCAGGCCAAAACUCGCCUCGUCGACUUUCAGUCUGUAUCACGGUUCAAAGGGACGGGGCUGCCACUCUGCCAUGCGGCUUGUGCCAAGGAAAUGUAUUUGCCUCUGAAUAUUUAAAGUUGCCAAUAAACUGUUCUUGUUGGCAGGUUAAUGGGACUAUAAACGCUGGAGCCCAACACACUUAAUUAUAUUGAUAGACAAAGCGGAAAGAAUCAUGCCUUAGACCGAUUUUGGACCUUGGAGACUUUACCACAUGUAGAUGGUUAAAACCAUUUAGUUGUUGAAAAUCUUUCUGAAUUCUAGGGAAAAUAUAUAAAUCAAUUGAAACAAUCUGAAUGUCAUAUGCUACUUGAUGUAAGAAAAAAGAGUUGGGAGGCUUUUUCAAAGGUGACUUCACUGAUUCAUGAAAGUAUUGGAUCCUUAUUCCUCAAACAUUUGGGGUGAAAACCUCAUGAAGGGUGGCAGACCAUGAUCUGACCAACUAAAGCUAUUAAAAAUCAACCAUGAUCACCCAGAAUAACAAUCAAACGUGAUGUAUGGACAUGGCAGGUCUGAGUUCUCCUGAGGUGUGGCUGAGAUCAGCAGGACAUUGGAGUGGAUGGCAGUGCCCACUUGGAUUGCUGUCCCGCAGCGGGCUGUGAUGUAGCGCAGCCCUCCGCAACUGCGGGCUGCGCACGGAGCCCGGAGGCUGCCCUGGGAGCCUUCGAAAUCCUCUGCGGGGCAGAAGCGUGGAUGCUGGGUGUCUGCAUGUUGCCCGGAUCACAUCAAAAUUGUGCUGAUAAUUUCACAAUGUGGGUUUGGUCUCCAUGCUUUUGCCCAGCAGGUGAGUGGCUGCUGUGGAUCACGUGGCAGCCUUUUCAUAGCACACAGCACCCAGUCUCUGGUAUUUAUCUUAGAGGUCAACUACGGCUGUAGAAAAAGCUCUUUAAGAGAUUACUAGAAAUCAAGAGGAAUUCCUGAAAUAAAAUUUCUGUCUUAAUGAAGCAACAAAUAUGGCGGGAUCCUUCGAAUGUUUCACGAUUCCAGAGCCGGGCGUCACGUAGGACGGAAACUGCUCUGCGUUGUCUGAUGAAUGCCACUCACCUUCCCCAGGGCGGCCAGGGCAUCCAGCCAAUCACUGUCACACCACACUGUCUCUACUGUUGGUCUUUUAGUGCCACAAAUAAAAGAAAAUGAAAGUGUA